UGGGGGUUGAACUAUAUAAAAUUAACAACUAAUAAUGAAGAAAUCAGUUACCGACUCCCCUUUAGGACAAAAACUGUAUAAGUGCUCAACAUGAAGACCUUGAUUUUCUUCAGUUUACUGGUGUGCGCUGCUUUGGCCACCGAAAAGGCUGAAGAUAAAGAAGUCGAAGCUUCAGCUGAGAAAAAACAAAGUAAAAGAGGAGUUCUUGGACUUGGACUUCACGGAUCGCUCAUUGGACCAUCUGCAUUGGGACAUGGUUUAGCUCUUGGUCCCGGUAUUGGCGCUGGUCCUCUUGGUGUUGGCCCUCUUGGUGCUGGUCCUCUAGGUGCCCCCAUUGGACCUGCUUCAAUCGACUUGGGCUCUCACUCCCACACUCAUACAACUAUCACCAGGAAUUUAGGAUUGCCAGUACCUGUACCACAACCUGUCCCAGUUGACAGACCUGUACCAGCCCCAUACCCAGUAAAUGUACCAUAUCCAGUUGAUCGUCCAUAUCCAGUUGAUGUACCAAGACCAUACCCAGUUGCUGUAGACAGGCCAUACCCGGUGCCUGUUGAUAGACCUGUCGGAGUACCAGUGCCACAUGCCGUACCAGUUCCAGUUGACAGACCAGUAGGUGUUCCCUAUCCCCAACCAGUUGGAGUACCAGUUCCAGCACCUUAUCCCGUAGGAAUCCCCCACCCAGUGCCAGUCUCCGUUGCCAAACCUCUUCUCAUUAAAUCCAUCCACAGCCAUCACUUGUGAUAACCUAAUUUAUCAAUAGCAUAUUGUGAAAAUUAUGUAUUAAAAAAUCAUGUUUGUCUUUUCAAAUUUUAUAGUGUAGUCUUGAUAGCCAAAUUAUAAAAAUAAGACUAUUUUACACAAACUGCCUCUCUCUAUUCUUGCGCUGUGUCCUCCAUAAGCAAGUUAUUCAAUUUCCUUAUGACGGAUGAGAUUUAAUACUGAAAUUUAGUUUUGUAAGGCUUGUAAAUUUCAAUCUCUUAUAAAUUUCCUGUAUUAUACGGACCUCCUGUUUAAUUUCUUUAUAACUGCAAUAACAUUAAAGAAAUAUAA